AUGGCGGCCCCCGACAGGCCGUGGCUAUCGGACGAAGAUUUGUGUGAGCUGGAGCUGGAGCUGCCAGAGGAUCCGGAUGAGGAGCCCGAGGAACCACCCGAACUUGAGCUCGAGCCAGAUCCUCCAGAACUAGAUCCGGACCCGGAUCCUGAGCUUGAACCUGAGCCCGAGCCCGAGCCCGACCCAGACCCAGACCCAGACCCAGACCCAGACCCAGACCCAGACCCAGAUCCUGAAUUAGAUCCUGAUCCAGACCCUGAGCCAGAUCCCGAGCCAGAGCCAGAACUGGACAAUGGAGAGCAUCUGGGAACGUUGGCAGAGUCAUAG